AUGACGUCCACAUUGGAGGAGUUGCAGAAAGAUCUAGAAGAGAUCAAAGCAUUGCUGGAAAAGUCCACUAGAAGAGUGCAAGAUACUCUUACAAGUGAAAAGGCCAAGACUGAGAUGGAAAUAAAAGAGCAAGAUGCAGCAGAAGUCCCAGAAAAUGACAAUGAAAAGCCAGCUGCUGUGGUUGCUCAUCCUACCACAGGAUGCACUGUGAAAAUCAGUCACUGUGGAUGGGAUCAGGCGAAAUUUGUGAGAAUCUACAUUGCUUUAACUGGAGUUCAUCUGGUUCCCACUGAAAAUGGGUGGGGACACUUCACGGAGAGGUCAUUUGAUCUUCAGUUAAACAAACAAACAAACAAACAAAAAACCCUUAAUGUCAAGAAUUACUCCAUGAUUGUAAGCAAUCUUUUGAAACCCAUCUCUGUGGAAAGCAGUUCAAACAAAGUCAAGACUGACACAGUUAUCAUCUUCUGUGGAAAGAAAGCAGAAAGCACACAAUGGGACUACUUAACUCAGGUGAGAAAAGACUGCAAAGAGAACGAAAGACCUUUCAGUGACAGCGAAGCAGAUUCUAGUGAGGGAUUAAUGAAUCAUCUAAAGAAAAUUUAAGAACACGGGGAUGAUGAAGUAACCAGUAAUAAAUCGUGGGUGGAAUCCAUAGAAAAGCAAUCCAGAGAAGACGAAUUUUGA